AUGCGCGGUCGCCUUUGUGUGGGUCGAGCAGCGGCAGCGGCGGCGGUGGCUGUGGCAGUGGCUGUCCCACUGGCUGACGGGCUAGAGGGGAGUCCGGGCGGCGUCCGGCGUGGGAGCCGGGGGACCACCAUGGUGAAGAAGCGGAAAGGCCGUGUGGUGAUCGACUCGGACACGGAGGACAGCGGCAGCGACGAAAACCUGGAUCAGGAGCUCUUGUCCCUGGCAAAGCGGAAGCGCAGUGACUCUGAGGAGAAGGAGCCGCCUGUGAGUCAGCCUGCAGCCUCCUCAGACUCCGAGACGUCGGACAGUGGUGAUGAGUGGACGUUCGGAAGCAAUAAAAAUAAGAAGAAAGGAAAGACCAGAAAAAUAGAGAAGAAAGGAACCAUGAAGAAACAGGCCAAUAAAACUGCUUCUUCAGGCAGUUCGGACAAAGACAGUUCAGCUGAGAGCUCAGCCCCUGAGGAAGGUGAAGUGUCGGAUUCUGACAGCAACAGCUCCUCCUCUAGUUCAGACUCUGACUCCUCUUCUGAAGAUGAAGAGUUCCAUGAUGGCUACGGGGAAGACCUCAUGGGGGAUGAGGAGGACAGGGCUCGUCUGGAGCAAAUGACAGAGAAGGAAAGAGAGCAAGAACUCUUCAACCGAAUUGAGAAAAGGGAGGUGUUGAAAAGAAGGUUUGAAAUUAAGAAAAAACUGAAAACAGCCAAAAAGAAAGAAAAGAAAGAAAAAAAGAAGAAGCAAGAAGAAGAGCAAGAAAAGAAAAAGCUGACACAGAUUCAAGAAUCUCAGGUAACAUCCCACAACAAGGAACGGCGUUCCAAACGGGAUGAGAAACUAGAUAAAAAAUCUCAAGCCAUGGAGGAGCUAAAAGCAGAGAGAGAAAAACGGAAGAACAGAACAGCUGAGCUCCUCGCCAAAAAACAGCCAUUAAAAACCAGUGAGGUGUACUCUGACGAUGAGGAAGAGGAAGAGGAUGACAAAUCCAGUGAAAAGUCAGACCGCUCAGACCGAACGUCGUCCUCUGAUGAAGAAGAAGAGAAAGAAGAGAUCCCUCCAAAAUCACAGCCAGUGUCCUUACCCGAAGAACUGAAUCGGGUUCGAUUAUCGCGGCACAAGCUGGAACGUUGGUGUCACAUGCCCUUCUUCGCUAAAACUGUCACCGGCUGUUUUGUACGGAUUGGCAUUGGGAACCACAACAGCAAACCAGUUUACCGGGUUGCUGAGAUCACGGGUGUUGUGGAAACCGCCAAGGUUUACCAGCUUGGUGGCACCAGGACAAACAAAGGGCUACAGCUACGGCACGGCAAUGACCAACGGGUAUUCCGCCUAGAGUUUGUCUCAAACCAAGAAUUCACUGAAAGCGAAUUCAUGAAGUGGAAAGAAGCGAUGUUCUCUGCCGGCAUGCAGUUGCCCACUCUAGAUGAAAUCAAUAAGAAGGAGUUGUCUAUUAAAGAAGCUCUUAAUUAUAAAUUCAAUGAUCAAGACAUUGAAGAGAUUGUAAAAGAGAAAGAAAGGUUCAGGAAAGCUCCACCUAACUAUGCCAUGAAGAAGACGCAGCUGCUAAAGGAAAAGGCCAUGGCUGAGGACCUGGGGGAUCAGGACAAGGCCAAACAAAUCCAAGACCAGCUGAAUGAGCUGGAGGAGCGGGCAGAGGCCCUGGACCGCCAGCGGACCAAGAACAUAUCUGCUAUUAGUUACAUCAACCAGCGGAACCGGGAAUGGAACAUUGUGGAGUCUGAGAAGGCCCUUGUGGCUGAAAGUCACAACAUGAAAAACCAACAGAUGGAUCCCUUUACCAGACGGCAAUGCAAACCUACUAUCGUUUCCAAUUCCAGAGACCCAGCUGUUCAAGCUGCCAUCUUGGCCCAGCUGAAUGCAAAAUAUGGUUCUGGAGUGUUACCAGAUGCUCCAAAGGAAAUGAGCAAGGGUCAGGGAAAGGAUAAAGAUUUGAAUUCUAAGUCAGCCAAUGACCUCUCAGAAGACUUGUUUAAAGUACAUGAUUUCGAUGUGAAGAUUGAUUUACAAGUUCCCAGCUCAGAAUCAAAGGCUUUGGCCAUCACCUCAAAAGCUCCACCAGCCAAGGAUGGGGCUCCAAGGAGAUCUCUGAACUUGGAAGACUACAAAAAACGACGGGGGCUUAUUUGA